UCAUAAUACCGUCCAACGCCUGCCUACCUAACACAAUCUUCGAUCUUGGAACAUAAAUUCCAAAGAACAUUCUUCAGGUCCUCCUCUUGAUCCUAUAGUGGGCAUAGACAUCAUGUUUAUGGAAGAAGGAUCGCCGAUCGCAGCAGGAAACAAUGUCCAUAUCUUUUUACCCCCACCCUCUCCUCAACUGCUCCAUUGUAUCCUCCUUUGCUGAUGAACCAAUCCAUGCAAAGCCCUCAAAUUGCUUCAGAUAUGGACUGGGCUACUAUCCUCUCCAGUACUGCCGUUGACUGCGAACAAAAACCAACCUCUCCCUGUUUAUCUAUGACAUCUAGGAACGCCAGGGAAGGAGAUAACCUUGAUAAAAACAAAGUGAAACCUGGUAAAACCAAAAAAUCUGUUCCACCAAGAAUUGCCUUUCAUACUAGGAGUACUGAGGAUAUUCUUGACGAUGGAUACAAGUGGAGAAAAUAUGGGCAGAAAGCCGUGAAGAAUUGUGCCCACCCGAGGAGCUACUACCGCUGCACACAUCACACAUGCAAUGUGAAGAAACAAAUCCAGCGACUUUCAAAGGACACGAGCAUUGUGGUGACAACAUAUGAGGGCAUUCACAACCAUCCUUGUGAGAAAUUAAUGGAGACUUUGAGUCCACUUCUGAAGCAACUUCAGUUUCUUUCCAGAUUCUGAAGCCUGACCUCGGGCUAGUGUCUAAUGGGGCUGACAGCUAAAUGUUCAUAUAUGACAAAGUUAAGCUGUAUCAGAACACUGCAUGUACAGCAAGCUAGUGUUUGUAUAUUAAGCACUCGUAAAGAUCAAGAUCACGCAACUUCAAGUUUGUCUUGAUUGACCUUAAGCUUCAUGAGUUUAUCCCUUCUAGUAUUUUUUAUUGUUGUUUUGGCUUUUAUAAUUAUCAUCA